CUGACAAGUAAGUUGUUUUGUCAGUUGGGAUGUAGUCCCCAAAGUUGCCUGAUCAACCCCAGAAGAUGAGGAGAAUGCAAACGUGAAUGAGUAUGUACUCAGGUUGGUGGGUCUGCAAAUGAUUAUGUUUGCAGGGUCUCUGUUCUCAGCUAGUUGUGUGAUAGGAUGUAUGAGAAGUUACCACCGUGCUUGCAUUUCAUUUUAAGUGGUUUUAAGGAAGAGACGGACAGGAUUCUUUGACAAGAACAGAUCUCAGCAUGACUUCAGAGAUCACUUAUGCUGAAGUGAAGUUUAAUAAACCCAAGUCCUCAGGCACCAAAUCAGAGCCUCCUGCAGCUCCCAAAGAGAACAACCUUCACCAAAGUGGCCAUAGUUUUUCCAAGCUACUUCUUACCUCAUUGCUGAUACUUCUGCUACUAUUGGCAAUCUCAUUUUUCAUCGCUUUUAUUUUUUUUUUUCAAAAAUGUUCUUAUGUUCAUAAAGAAGAAAAGGCUACAAGAGAACUCACUCACACACAAUUGGAAUGUGUGAAAGAAAAUUCGACCCUAGAAGGGAAAGACUGGAGCUGCUGCCCAAAGAAUUGGGAGCCAUAUAGUUCUAACUGCUACUUUAUUUCUAAUGGAUUUAAUAUUUGGAAUGAUAGUGAGAAGAAAUGCUUGAGAAUGAAUGCUCACCUGCUGGUGAUCAACACCAAAGCUGAGCAGGAUUUCAUCACCCAGAAACUGAGAAUUAAUUUUGCUUAUUAUGUGGGCCUGUCAGACUGGACAUCGGCAAUGGGAAAAAGACACUGGCAAUGGGUUGAUCAGACACUAUACAAUGAAAGUGCCACAUUCUGGCAUCAAGGUGAACCCAACAAUCCUAAUGAGCAUUGUGUUAUGCUAAACGCUGUUUCAAGAAAAUGGGGCUGGAAUGAUAGUCCUUGUAAUGAGGUUCACAAGUUUAUUUGCAAGAUGAUGAAGAUCUACUUAUAAAAUGGAACAUUCUCCAUGACCAUGAGGUUGAAUCAGUAUCCUACAUCAUAGAAAUAGCUAAUAUGUUCUUGUUAUUCAUAUGUCUUGUUUUAAGGAUCUUAAUAGAAUUUUCCAGAAGGUUGUGCACAUAUUCAUUCAUUUAUUCAUUCACAAAAUUUAAGGGGAGCAAAAUUUGCCACUCCCAAAUGUCUUUUUGGCAUGUGCAUUAUUUCAAGCUGAAAAUAUUAGUCAGUGCUAGAACUUUACUUUCCAUCUUUUUGUAAAUGUCAUUCAUAGCCUAUUUUCUCUCAUCUUCCUUUGAGCACCAGUAAUUAUUUGUGUGUUAUAGAUUUUAUGUAAGAUUUGUGUCUAAAGAGUGAGAUUAUGAAGAAGUAUUCAGCUGUGUACCAAUUAACAGACAGAAUUGUGAAAAUAAUAAAACAGCUGUUUUAAACCACUAAGUUUUGGGGUGGCUUAUUCUUCAGCAAUAUGUAACUUAAACACUUUCAAAACAGUUUUGAGCUAAGAUUUACAAAAUAAUAUAACAUAUCAUAUCACACUAUUUUCUCUAAAAAUAAUAGCAAUAAUUGAAAAGUGAGAGUAAUUAAUUUUACCAUUAGUGAGUAAAAUGCAAAAUUA